AUGACUGGCACUACCUUAAAGCCGCACUACGCGGACAAGCCCUAUAAAUGGGUCAAGCAAGAGAUUGAAGCCUCGGAUCCUGAAAAAGAUUAUGAAAAGAUUUGGAGGCUUUCAAUCGAGUAUACUGGGGGCGGUGCUUUCAUCCAAAAUAUGAUCUAUGCCUUGACAUUUCCAAACUUUAUCGCCAACGAGUGGGGAGCCCAAGUCGUCUGGCGUGAUGAUGGAGGCAAAGUCCUCAGCCGCGCUACCGAUAGAGUCAACGAAACACAAUAUCAUAACUCUGUAUGGUGGUUUUAUGGACCGCAUCAUCCUGAGACCAAGAAAUCCGCCCAUACGAUCAACAAGCGACACGAGUACUACACCCAAAAAUAUCCUGGAAGCUUUACCCAUGAAAUUGACUAUACAUAUGUAUUGUGCUUCUCUGCAAUCUCGGUGCAUCGGCUUCGACAGAGACUACGCCUUUCUGGCUUCGAUGAGAAACAGAAGAUUGCAGCCCAUCGGUUCUGGAAAGAGAUGUCCCACCUGUUCUUCGUCGAGGUUCCUGGGAAUCCUCUUGAAGAAUGGUUACCUCUCUCUGACUUUCCUGAAGACUGGAACGCCAUGUAUCGGUUCUGUGAAGAUGUUGAAAAUAACAACAUGGAGCAAACAGAGAAAGGUCAUCUGAUUGCUGAAACCAUAUUCGACCAAUUUGCAUACCGGUUCUUCCCACCUAGUCUUCGCUCUCUGGGUCGAGCAUUCCCCAUCACUCUUUCACUUCCACAAACAUUGAAGGCACACCAAAUCCGACCAACCAAUCCCAUACUAGCAAGAAUUAUUAUUUUUGUGGUAGGGACAUUUAUGUGGUUCAUGGAAACAUUUUUCCCUGAUCCGAAGAUCAGCUAUCAGGAGUCCAUUCGGCUUCAGACAGCGAAAGACAAAGCAAACUUCAAUGCUCAAAAGAGAGACAUGGAUCGCAGAUUCCCCGCGGUUUUCGGUGACAAUCAUCGGGCAUCUCCGACUUUCUGUCCCUUCGCGAUGAAAUCUGAGAAGACUGCAUAA